AAAUCUGGGCGUGUGUUUAAAGCAACAACAACCUCACCUGUCCACAGGUGAGGUGAGGGACAACCCYGUCCCUUUGUAGAUCAGAAGCUGCGGCUCCGUCUUUUGUGUGUUAACCCCGUUUUAGCCUCGAAUAGCUUUGUGCGACCGUUCAGAGCUGACAACAGGAGAAAGAAGACACUGAACUGGAUGUUCUCAGAUUAUUUUCUUAUCAUGACACAAAUGAGGACGAACAUUUGAGACUUUUACAGCAAACACCCGGUUGACCUGCAAUGCCAGAGUAAAUCUUCAGGAGUCGCCGUUGGUUUUUGUUGAAGUGGAGCAACAUGGCCCACAGGAAGUCCACAGUCCAGCGAAGGAUCGUGUCCAAGGAUGGUCACAACAACGUUCAGAUCGACAACGUGGAGGGCAUGGUCAAGCUGUACCUGCACGACAUCUGGACCACCGUGGUGGACAUGAAGUGGCGUUACAAGCUCACUCUGUUCACCUCCACCUUCAUCAUGACCUGGUUCAUCUUCGGGGUCUUCUUCUACCUGAUCGGCAUGGGGAACGGAGACUACGAGGUUGGGCUGAACUCCACCCACACGCCAUGCGUGGUGAAUGUUCAGACACUCACCGGAGCCUUCCUGUUCUCUCUGGAGUCGCAGACCACCAUUGGUUACGGUUUCCGUCACAUUUCUGAGGAGUGUCCUCUGGCCAUCUUCACGCUGGUGGCUCAGCUCGUCAUCACCGGCCUGGCCGAGAUCUUUGUCACGGGGGCGUUUCUGGCCAAACUGGCUCGACCCAAGAAGCGAGCAGAAACCAUAAAGUUUAGCCAGCUGGCCGUGAUCUGUCGGCGCCGARGGAAGCUGUGUUUGAUGGUGAGAGUGGCCAACAUGAGGAAAAGUCUGCUGAUCCAAUGCCAGCUGACAGGAAAGCUGUUCCACGCCAACGUGACCGAGGAAGGCGAGAAGACCCAGAUCCAGCAGAGCUCCGUGGAUUUCUACAUGGACUCCAGUGAAGACUGCCCCUUCCUCAUCCUCCCGCUCACGUUCUACCACGUUAUCGACGAGCACAGCCCKCUGAUGGGCCUGACCGCAGAAACUCUGCAAAAUCGAGACUUCGAGCUGCUCGUCACGCUCAACGCCACCAUGGAGUCGACCGCUGCCACGUGUCAGAGCCGCACCUCCUACAUCCCCCAGGAGAUCCUGUGGGGCUUCCAGUUCAAACCAGUGCUGUUCAGUGGGAUCAGUGGGCGCUACACGGUCGAUUUCAACUUCUUUGACCAAGUGCAAGUGAGCAACGAUKCAGCGCCGCUGAACAACAAGACAGAGAAGCUGAAACUGGAGGAAGAGGAAACCAUACAGACUGUUAGUUUGACUUGACUACAGAAAACUGUCAGGGCCACAGAGAAAAAAAGUAUAUAUACAGUAUAUAUUUCCUAAGUUCUUAUUUUUUUCUGAAAUCUAAGAUUAAAGUCAGAAUUCUGAGAUUAAAGUUACAAUUCUAAGAUUAAAAUCAGAACUCUAAAAUUAAAGUCCGAAUUCUGAGUUAAAGUUGGAAUUCUGAGAUUAAAUAAGUACUCUAAGAUUAAAGUCAGAGUUCUGAGAUUAAAGUCGGAACUCUGAGAUUAAAGUCAGAACUCUAAGAUUAAAGUCCGAAUUCUAAGAUUAAAGUCUGAAUUCUAAGAUUAACAUCAUAAUUCUGAGAUUAAAGUCAGAAUUCUGAGAUUAGUCAGAACUCUAAGAUUAACAUCAUAAUUCUAAGACUAAAGUCUGAAUUCUGAGAUUAAAGUUGGAAUUCUGAGAUCAAAAUAAGAACUCUGAGAUUAAACUCUGAAUUCUGAGAUUGAAGUCAGAACUCUAAGAUUAACAUCAGAAUUCUGAGAUUAAAGUCAGAAUUCUGAGAUUAAUGUAGGAAUUCUAAGAAUAAAGUCAUAAUUYCGAGAUUAAAGUCACAACUCUAAGAUUAAAAUCAGAACUCUAAAAUUAAAGUCCGAAUUCUGAGAUUACAGUUGGAAUUCUGAGAUUAAAAUUAGAACUCUGAGGUUAAUGUCUGAAUUCUGAGGUUAAUGUCUGAAUUCUAAGAUUAAAGUCAGAAUUCUGAGAUUAAUGUAGGAAAUCUAAGAUUAAAGUGAUAGUUCUGAGAUUAAAGUCAGAACUCUAAGAUUAAAGUCAACUAUAAAAUUAAAGUCGGAAUUCUUAGAUUAGAGUCUGAAUUCUGAGAUUAAAGUCUGAGUUCUGAGAUUAAAAAUAGAACUCUGAGAUUAAUGUAGGAAUUGUAAGAUUAAACUGAUCACUGUGUUUGUAACAAAUGGGAUUUGGACUUUUUUAAAAUAGUAAAACAGUAUAAAUCAGAUGUUCUAACAGACUGAAAAAGAUCAAAACACGCAGUAUAUUUUGUGUAUUUUGUGAUGUUUUUAUAUUACAUUUUCCAUGGAAUGACUAUAAAACUAUAAUUAGAUGAACAGUUUUUGGUUUUACUGACACGCAGAGUUUAAGGAGGUUUAGUUAGAGCUGCUAGUUUGUAAAAUUACUUGUAAAUAGAAACAUAGUGUGGUGUGGGGAGAGGUCAAUAACACUUAUUGUUACAUGUAAAUGUGUAAAUGUGUAAUAAAAACUCUGCUUCUUCUGUCA